UUGGUCGAAAGGACAACAAACGCACGACAAACACUCGACAUGCGCGACAUUGUUUUUUCCAUCGAUUUUCCUUAAUUUCGACGUCACGAUUUUCGUCGACGCAAACAGUUUGACAGUUCUCUUCAGCUGAUCUUGUUUGGACUUGAUUUCAACCAAAUUGAACCAGUUGUCGUUGCCUUUGGGUUACUGGAGGAUUUUGACCGAUUGACAGAUUUCGGUUGUCGUGGCUGUGAAGGACGAAGACGGUGGGCCAUGUUCCGGUAUCGGGAAGAAUCGGUCUGCGAUUGAGAAAGCGGAUUGGUGUUUUGCUUUCCGCGGAAGUUGCAUUCCCAAAGGAGAAGGAGUUUCCGAGUGUUGAAUGUGUCGGAAACAGAAGGAGGGAGACGGAACAUUCAAGCUCGGGAGUCAAUCACUGUUCCGCUUGAAUAAAAAGGUGGAGGAGGACGAAAUAAUAAACUCCCGCGACGUUUCUAAACAGCCAGAAUUUGUUAAUGGAACCGCUCUGUACAAACAGUUUCCAGAGUGCUUUUUGCUGGACGUGGACCAGCAAGAGGAAAAGAACAAUGAAAAUGCGUUGGUGGUGUUGGACUUCUAGCGGAAUCUCAAAAGUGCAAUUAUCAAAACUCAGUCUUCUUCCUGGAGAUACUUUCGGCCGAGAACAUCCACCGGGUGAAGGCGAUCGAGGUGGACAAACUUCCCACGGGGCAGCACUCGAACAUUGGAAGGGUAGACAAGCAGAACCUUUCCAAAAGUGGUUGGCCAUCGUCGGACCAAAAGGAGUCGGUUUGUAUUUCCUUCUUGUGCAACGGCCAAUCCCGUCACUAAGCGAAAUUAAGAAAAGUAUGGCUGCAGUGAUAGUGAAUAUUUCAAAAACAAAGUGCCAGGAGAGUGCAAACUAAUACAAAUGAAUAAA